UUCGCGGUCUCGGCCCCGCCCCGGCCGCUGUCCUCAGGCCUCAUUGGCGCCUUAUCUCCCCAGUAACCAGACCACAACAGUGAGCUGGGAGCGGAAGGACCGGUCGGCACUCCCGCAGGAGUCCCACCCUCUCUGGCUAAGAUGCCUUUAGGACCUUCUGCAGGGAGCACCCGCUCCGAGGAUGGAAGCGAGGUCUUUCUGGAAGGAAUGGUGGACUGGGAGCUGAGCCGACUGCAGCGAAAAUGCAAAGUGAUGGAGGGUGAAAAGCGGGCCUAUAGCAAGGAAGUCCACCAGCACAUCAAUAAGCAACUUGAGGAGAUCCAGCGCCUACAGGAGGUGCGGGAAAAACUUCAGGUGCAGAUCAGUGUUGCCCAGAGCCAGGUCAAGCGGCUGCGGGACAACGAGAGGCUGCAGAAAAUGGGCCGCUUGCUGAAGUGCCAGGCCCAGGUACAGGCUGAGAUCAAGGAGCUGCAGAAGCAGACCAGAGCCCUGGACAGGCAGAUCCAGGAGCGGGGGACCCAGGUCUCUGUCUCUGGUAAGGAUGCCAGGGUUCCAGUGCUCGUUUUGGACCAGAAGGCCAGGGUCCGCAGAAGAAUCAAGAACGUGGAAAACCAGCUGGACAGGGUCACCUGUCGCUUUGACAUCCAGCUGGUGCGGAAUGCAGCCCUGCGGGAGGAGCUGGAUCUCCUACUGGUGAAGAGGAAUCACUAUCUGAAAUUGGACCACAAGCUACAGAAGGAGAUCCAGAUCCUGCGGCACGCGAUCAGCACCCUCAUCACCUCCUCCACCUCGGCCUACGCCAUCAGGGAGGAGGCGAGGACCAAGAUGGGCAUGCUGCGGGAGCGGGCGGACAAGGAGGGGGCCCAGAACGAGUCGGAGACGCAGAUCUUGCAGCGGCACAUCGCGCAUCUGGACCAGCUGCACCGCUUCCUCAAGCUCAAGAACCAAGAUCGGCAGCCGGAUCCGGCCGUGGUGGAGAAGCGCGAGAAACGCGCCCAGGAGGUGGCCGACGGCCUCCGGAAGAGUUCCCAGGAGAAGCUGGUGUUGCGUUACGAGGACGCCCUGAAUAAACUGUCCCACCUGACUGGGGAGAGCGACCCGGACCGGCUGGUGGACAAGUACCUGGAGAUGGAGGAACGCAACUUCACCGAGUUCAACUUCAUCAACGAGCAGAACUCAGAGCUAGAGCGUCUGCAGGAGGAGAUCAAGGAGAUCCAGGAGGCCAUGGAGAGGGUGCGCUCCGGUGAGGCCUCCCGGCUGUCACUGCAAGAGGGGCACCAGGCUGCGUUGCAGCAGAACACAGAAGAGGUGCGCUCCGAGGCCGAUAACCUCCAGGCCCGCUCCCAGGAAUUACGGGGGCAGCUGGAGAAGCUCAAGGCUGACAUCCAGCAGCUCUUCACCAAGGCCCAGUGUGACAGCACCAUCAUGGAUGACCUCCUGGGGGUCAAGACAUACAUGCGAGACCGCGACAUCUGCCUCUUCCUGGGCCUCAUCGAGAAGCGGCUGGUGGAGCUCCUGACGGUGCAGGCCUACCUAGACACCCAGGCCUACACCUCUUCCAGCCUGGCUAAUGCCGCCCUCAUAGUGCUGGGCCAGAGCUCUGAGGACUUUCCCAAGAAGGUGGCCCCGCCUCAGCUCCCUGACAGCCUGGAUGAGCCUCUGGGCUUUGAGGCCAAAGAAGACUAUCCUCUGAGCAAGGAGGAACUGCUGAGCUACGUGGUGAAGUCGCUGGAGGCCCGGGAGCAGGCGCGGGAGCAGCACCUGGCGGAGAUGGCGAAGAAAAUGGAGGGCAGCCCAAGCAUCAGCCUCCCUGGCACCCAGAAGGCCAGCUCAGUCACGCCCCUGGUCAUCUCCAAGAGCCCUAGUAUUGGCCAGGGCUCCAUCCUGAGCCACAGGACCAACGGCAUUCUGGUGUCCAGUGCAGGCCGUGCCACAAGCUCCAAUGUUGGCCAUGUCACCUUUGGUGACCCCAGCUCCAGCGUAGGCCUCCUGACCACCAGUGUCAGCCAGGGCUCAACUGGGGGCCGCAUGACCUUCCGACCCCUCAGCUCGAGCAGCCACAUGGGGUCCACUGGAUACUUGGAGUCUGGCGGAGGUCCCGAAAGCUUGCGAGGUGCGCAGAGCAGAGGUUCCGGGUCAGAAUCGAGCUCCAGCCCUGCCUCCAGCACCGUCCCAGGCUCCACUAGGAGCAAAGGCUCCCGGAGCAAGGACUAGGGCACCCAGCCUGCACCCUGCUGCUCCAUGCAGGGCCCUCUCGAGUGUCUCUGCCUCUGAUUUCCCCUGUGACUCUGUCUUUCUCUCCCAGUUCCCAGCCUCUGCGUCUCUCUGCCUCCACAGCUGUCUCCAUCUCAUCUUCAUUGUAUCCUGGUGGUGUUUCCACCGGCUCCUCUCCAUCUCCAGUCCUCUCCUGGUCUCUCUCUGUUCCCCGCCCUCCUUUCCCUUUCUGUCUCCCGGCCUCCUGUUCUCUCAUUUUCCCAUUCAGUGUGUCUCUUGUUUUGUCUCACGUCUGUCUCCCCAUCUCUGCUCUGCCUUCUCUGGCUCUCCCCCACCUCCUGUUUCUGCUUCCCAUUUCGAAUUCCUUCUCAUCUCCAUCUCCCAGGCUCUCCUGGCUUCUCAUACCUCUCACUCCCCAAGAGCCCCCAGUACUGACCAUGGGGGAAGAAUCGGGGCAAAGAGGUCAGUGUCAGCAUGAGCUGUGACCAUAGGAAAUAAAGGGCAGAGCCCAACUUUUACCCCAGCCUGGUGACAAAGAGACAUGGCUGUUUCUUGACCUGCAGCCCAAGGGGAAAUUUAUGGCCCUGUUCAUUCAUUUUGUUGAGAUCUCCACAUUUCAGGUUCUCCUGAGAACUGGGCACUGUAUCAGCCAGGGGAGGCUGCUUUAUGCUGAGUGUCGGACCUCAGUGUCCCCCUACACUGAUUUCUGUGUAACUGACUAUUAACGCCGGAGAGCAACUCCCUUUGUUCUAAAGUAUUUCGGGUUCCCGGCCGCGCUUACAGCGCUUCGCCGCCAGGU